AUGAGUAAUACCUUUUGAUUAUCAUUCUCUGGAUCUGAAAAACUUUGAAGUGUAAUCUAUAACAGAUGCUUCAGCACUUGUUCAGGAGGCAUUAGAAAACACCUUUUGAAGAUGAGUUAGAUAUUAAUAAUGAUAAGUUCAGGAGGGAAUGUAUUUGUAUUUCACAGUACAUUUUGAGAUUAUGAGUUUGACGAUAACAAAAUACACGUGGGAGUGUCUUAUAAUAUGUUUGUCAAUGUCAGGCUUAUGACAUGCACCUACAAACAGUCGUCACUGAGUAGGCUGACCCCCCUCACCCCUCCAAGUCGAUGGCUUUCCCAUCUCACAGCCACCACAGUCACUUGCUAUACACGCGCGCAAAGGAGGAAAAUGUCGAAAUGCCUGCAGUGCGUCAACACUGCAAUAAUCCAAUAAUCCAACCCCUGGAUAAUGUACGGAAACGUUAAUUGAAACCACAAUUUACAAACGGGAAACAUCAGAAACUGAAUGGGUUCCGACAGCAACAACAUCUCAGAAACGGCAACUGAUGAGGAUGGAGAAGUGUAUGGACGUUUUGCGCUCAUCAGAGCUGGAAUUUUGGGUUUGGUUUUUGUGCUUGCAACAUGUGGCAAUCUUUUCUUCUUGGACACACUUUGGAAGAAGCGAAAAAGAAACACGAAAACCCAGCUGUUCCUCUUGCAUCUGUGCUUGGCAGAUCUGGUGGUCGCUUUUUUCCAAGUCCUACCGCAGUUUCUCAUGGAAAUUACGCACAGGUUCCGAGGCACGGACUUCCUGUGCCGGUCCGUAAAAUACUUGCAGGUGGUGGGGAUGUUUGCCUCCACGUACAUGAUAGUGGCUAUGACCAUAGACCGGUAUCAUGCGGUUUGUCAGCCAAUGGUUUCCUUCUUGAAGGGCUCGUUUAGGAGAUACCUCUCUAUAGGCACAGCGUGGCUGAUCUCUCUCGCCUUCAGCUCUCCUCAGAUCUCCAUCUUCUCUCUCCUGGAGGUGGAGGAGAACCAGUACGACUGCUGGGCUACAUUCAUUGAACCGUGGGGGAGCAGGGUUUACAUCACCUGGAUCACCCUGUCAGUGUUUGCCCUGCCUGCGGUCAUUGUGCUCUAUUGCCAAAUGAGAAUAUGCACAACAAUCUACUUCAACAUGAAGAGAAAGGCGCUGCAGACAGGGCGCGCGGGCACGAAAGGUGUGUCCAACGCGAUGCUUAAGACUGUGAAAAUGACUUUUGUUAUUAUAAUGACAUACACAGUGUGUUGGAGCCCGUUCUUUGUUGUCCAGUUAUGGUCUGUAUGGAGCCCCAGCAGUGCGCCUACUAAAGGUCCAGUGUUUGCCAUCAUCAUGUUGUUGGCUAGCCUCAACAGCUGCACCAACCCUUGGAUAUAUCUCUAUUAUAGCUAACUGUCAGUCAAGAUACAAUCCAGGGCCUGGCGAAGUCCAGAUUAAUUGCAUCAUGGAUCAUGUGUUUAAAUCUAUGUAGUUGUUGUGUAUGAAUCUAAUAACUGGAUUAGUGUCAGGAUCGUUGUACAUGAGUAUUAGCUUGAAAUUCUGUUGGCAUCUUACAGCAAUGUUUCAGUGUUGUGACAAAUAAAGCACCCAUCAUGCAUUAAUGAAAAACACAUAUUUUAUGUUUUAGCGAAAAGGUUUGAAUCAAUGAAACAAGCUAAUGCAUAUUAAAUAUUGCAGCAUCUUUUCCACCGGUAACAACACCUUCACAGAGCACAAUACCUUCUUUCAUUCAGUGCUG